UCUAGACAGAAGCGCAAGCGGCCAUAUUACUACCGACAAAUAGAAAGAAGAACGGGGAUGAAAAUUCAUUUUCGCCAGCGAUAAUAAGUGAAUAUAAUUCGUUAAUUUAUCAGGUAAUAGUGCUAACUAAGAGGGGCAACCACAUUUUGCCAUCAGUUGAGAAGACACGGACUGCAAAAGCAGUAAUAACGCAACUGGCUAGGAAGACUAAGGAAAAGAAAUUCACAACUUGACGCGCGGGCAGAGGGCGCCUCCGAGGCGAGCACACAGACACAAUCACAGGUCGCACAUUUUAUCUCUCUGCCGCUGCUGCCGCCGACGCAGCAAAGUUUUGCUUUGCGGCUGCCGCUGAAUAGGUGGCCGACAACGUCGACGUCGACCCAGACGCUGCAGUUAUAGAAACAGAAACAACAGCAACAGAUACAGCGUAGGUUGAGGCUAAGGAAGCGCCACCGGAAACCGAGGCGUUACCUACUUUAUGGGUGUCAGUAUGGAGUCCGAUGAUUCUCACGCCAGCUCUGGGUCCAAUUCAUCUGAGUCCUCGUCCAAUUCGCGGGCAGCAACGCCAGAAAAGCAAAUCGAAGCCGAAGAUGCGCCAGCGAAGCCAAACUCUGAGCCUAACAGUCCCGGGCGUACGCUUUCCACCAGCAGCUCCUCCUCAAACACGAGCUCCUCCUCCAGCGAUGCUGUCAAGUCGAAAAAGAAAAGCUCCAGCAGUAGCAGCACCAGUGGCAGUGGCUCUAGCAGCAGCAGUUCCAGCGACGAGGAGGAGCCCGAAGCUGAUGCCGCGCCUACCACUGAGGUGGCGCCCAAUCCUGAAACCGGCUCCCCGAACAAGUCGCAGCAGAGCUCGUUUCUCUCCUCGGUGCGCAGUCGCAGCAACAGUCCCCAAUUAUACAAUCAGGCCGCCGUCGACCUUAACAUCAGUCAUGAGGAUCUGAGCGAUGUGAGCGAAAUUGGCAGCGAGAAGCGCGCGCCCUCCAAGAAUUCGGAUAAUGAAGAAAACGAUAGCGAUGAUGAUGACGAUGACGGUGCCAUCUCCAACGACUCGCUAUCUGUUGCAGAGCCGGAAGAAGGCAAAACAAAUGGCAAAUCGCCCAGCGAGGAGCGGCAGCUGCCGGACGAUAAAUCCGAACGGGAAGCUGUAACCAACAAAGGGACAAAGAACGAGGAGAAAGCGAAUGGAGUGGUAGUUGCUGGUAGUGCUGUCGAGGCAGCGGCACUUGACGACAUAGUUAAGGCGCACGAUGAUGAUGCUCUAGACUUUGAGGCCGAGGAAGGUGAGUGUCCAGACAUUUGCAAGGAGAGCGACGACACUUCUAAAGCCAACGAAACAAAGAAAACAUCUAAAGCCGAUCCCUUGAACGAUGAUGAGGGUGAAUUGGAUGGCGAUGGAGAGGAUGAGGAAGAUGCCGCCACUGCGGCCGCCAAUGCCAAGAAAAAAGAUGAUGACGAACUCGAAGAGGGUGAAGUAUCGGAUGAGGAUGAGAAGCGACCCGAGGAGACAGAACCCAAGCCAGUUUGUCGCUUCUACACGCGCGGUCAAUGCACUUGGGGCAUGAGCUGCCGAUUCCUUCAUCCGGGCGUCACAGACAAAGGCAACUACACUAUGUUUGAGAGUAUGGUGCGAUCAGUGCCCAUGCAGAGCAGUAGUAGCGCCGCUCGACCACCAGCUGGCGCCUACAGCAAUCAUGUAGCGGCAGCAGCGGGUGAUUAUCACGACUAUCGAAGCGAACGUCCAGCGCUGCAUCAUCGUCCGGCCGUGCAUCAUGCGCCCAGCGUCUAUGCGCCCCAUCAUGAUGCGCGCGGCAUUUAUGUGUCUGAUGUGGUGCCGGUGGUGGUAGAGAAUGCUUGGGAGCGUGGCCUGCGAACGGCCAAAGAAAUGAUGCGUAAGGCAAACAAACGGAAGGAGCAAGAUAUGGACUUUGAGGAUAAGAAAAUGAAUCUUACACUGUCGCCAGAUGAGCUGGAAAAGGACCCCUACUACAUCAAGGAUCGGGCCAGUUCACCCUCAGCUUAUUCCGUUUACAGUCCACCGGACCGUUAUGGACGUGCUGGCUAUUUGCCGCCGCCAUAUGAGGAUGUCGAUGCCUAUGGUCGGAUGGCGCGCUAUCGUGAAUUGCCGCCACAUCGCAUGCCACAGUAUGAGGAUGAUCGUCGUUUGCGUCCGGCACGCGAGGUAAUUGUGCAGCGAGUCGAGGCUGUGGGUCGUGGUGAUGAGUGGAACGAUCCCUGGAUGCGCUCGAAAUCGAUUGGACGCGGCGGUUCGUUCGAGCGCGAUGAUCGGAGGCGCCGCGAUCGUCGCAGCUACACCAGCAACUCAUCCUAUUCCACCUCCAAUUCCUCGCAGAGUGAUUCAAGUUCGGAGUCGUCUCGCUCGAGCAGUCCAUCCGAUCACAAGCGGCGUUAUGCGGGACGUCGCAUACGUGCCCAUUCACCAAACGAAAUACCCCGACGUCCGCGACGUUCGCCACCCAGCGUGUCGCCUUCGUAUAAACGGCCGGCGAUAGAAAAACGAGGCGCACACAGUCCCGCAUCAAAGCGCAAGAAGCUCUCCCCAGUGCCCAAGAAGUUUGACAAACUGAGGCGACGUCGCAGCUCCUCAUCAUCAGAUUCAGAUUCAUCGACGACAUCAUAUUCGGAUUCCGAGUCCGGUUCAUCAUCGUCGGAAAGCUCUUCGGGAUCUCGGGAUACGCCACAGAAGCGUGUACGUGCAACGGACAAGGCGCUGAAUGAGCGCAAAUUAAUUAAGAAACCUGCUGAACAAAUCGCAAAGAAGCGUUCACCUAUUUUAAUUGAGAUUAAGAAACCCUCGACCAUGGUUGGCGUUUCUGCGCUCGUCUCGCCAAGCAACUCACCCAAAUCAGAUAAGGAGAAGGAGAACAAGGAGAAGGAGAAGGAUAAAGAGAAGGACAAGGAUAAGGAUGGCAAGAAGACACGGCGCGAGGAAUUGCUAAAGCAGUUGCGCGCCGUUGAGGACGCCAUUGCCAAGAAACGCUCCAAACUGGCCUGAUAAUAGCGUCGUAGUUGUAGGCUGUAACUCCAUCUCUCUGCACCCUGAAUUUCGCCAAAUGGUCAGAUUUCUGUUUAAUUUACAUUUUUUACAUCCUACCAUGCACUGUUACUCUUUAUUAUUAUUUCCUCCUCUUCCGUUUUUAUGCUUUACUUUUGUUUUUUUUUUUUUUUCUUUUGGACCAACCCUCAAAGCAUGGGGCGCUGCACUCUUUCGACCUUGGGCGAGUGCAUCUGCUUUUAGAUUAAUUAAUAAUUAGAGAUCAAGAUCAUAUAUAUACAUACAUACAUUCACUUGGCAUUGCCAGCGACGAGAAUUGGGGCCCACAAUUGUUUGGUUGGGUUGAUGGGGAGGACGAGGAGGAGGAGGGGACUAAGAAGAUGAACACACAGCAAACAAUGCAUUUAGAUUUAAUUUUGUCCACCACUACCUUUUUUCUAUAAUUUUUUUGUUUUCCUCUGCUCUCAUUAAUCUAAAAGCGCGCUGUUCACAAUUAUGUAAAGAUAUAUACACAAACAUAUAUACGAAUACAUACAUAUAUGAUGCAUUAAAUAUAAGAGUUCACAUUUCAGUAUGAAAUUGUGGAGACAUAAGUCCAGAUUGUAA